CGCGGUGCUGGGCGCUGGCGGCGCAGGUUUGGUUGCGCCGAGUUCCCCUCUCUCCAUCUCCAAAACGCUGUGUGCCUGAUUCUUCCUGGCCGGUGACGGGCAGAGAGGCCGCCGGUGUCGUAGGGUCGCGGGGGGGAUACGGGAGGCACCCCUGAUUUCAUAGAAGGCGCCCCAAAGAAAUUUCAGAGAGAAUCCAGAAUGGGAAAGAAAAGCAGAGUGAAAACCCAGAAGUCGGGGAGCGGGGCCACAGCAGCCGUGUCCCCGAAAGAAAUGAUGAACCUGAUCAGUGAGGUGCUGCAAAAAUGCAGUAACCCCAACUCCGCGCCCGGGAGAGAGUGGGAAGAAUAUGUGCAGAUCCGCGGACUUGUUGAAAGGAUUCGCAAGAAGCAGAAAGGUUUGUCUGUGCUCUUCGACGGCAAAAGGGAAGAUUAUUUUCCUGAGCUGAUCCAGUGGGCAACUGAGAAUGGCGCAUCAACGGAGGGCUUUGAACUGACGGAAUUCCCCAGUGAGGGUUUCGGAUUGAAAGCGACACGAGAAAUAAAGGCUGAAGAGUUAUUUCUUUGGGUACCAAGGAAGUUACUGAUGACCGUGGAAUCUGCCAAAAACUCAGUCCUGGGGUCUCUGUACUCCCAAGACCGCAUUCUGCAAGCGAUGGGCAAUAUCACCCUGGCAUUCCACCUGCUGUGUGAACGGGCAGAUCCCAAUUCCUUCUGGCUCCCGUACAUCAAGACGCUGCCCAGCGAGUACGACACCCCUCUCUAUUUCCAGGAGGAUGAAGUGCAGUACCUCCAGUCUACACAAGCCAUCCAUGAUGUCUUCAGCCAGUACAAGAACACAGCCCGGCAGUACGCUUACUUCUACAAGGUCAUUCAGACCCAUCCCAGUGCCAGUAAGCUGCCCCUAAAGGACGCGUUCACAUUUGAUGACUACAGGUGGGCUGUAUCAUCCGUCAUGACGAGACAGAAUCAGAUUCCCACCGAGGAUGGAUCUCGGGUUACCCUGGCCCUGAUUCCACUGUGGGACAUGUGCAAUCACACCAAUGGCCUGAUAACUACCGGUUAUAAUCUGGAGGAUGACCGGUGCGAGUGCGUGGCGUUGCAGGACUUUAAGGAAGGCGAGCAGAUUUACAUCUUUUAUGGCACCCGCUCAAACGCCGAGUUUGUCAUCCACAACGGAUUCUUCUUCGAGAGUAAUGCUCACGACCGGGUGAAGAUCAAGCUGGGCGUCAGCAAGAGCGACAGGCUUUAUGCCAUGAAGGCCGAAGUCCUGGCACGAGCCGGCAUACCUACGUCCAGUGUUUUUGCGUUGCACAUCACUGAGCCUCCCAUAUCUGCUCAGCUUCUGGCUUUCCUCCGAGUCUUCUGUAUGAGUGAAGAGGAGUUGAAAGAACACUUAAUCGGAGACCACGCGAUCGAUAAGAUCUUCACCUUGGGGAAUAGCGAGUUUCCAGUGAGCUGGGACAAUGAGAUUAAGCUGUGGACCUUCCUGGAGGCGAGGGCUUCACUCCUGCUCAAAACCUACAGAACCACAGUGGAGGACGAUAAGCAGCUCCUGGACAGCGGCGACCUCUCGCUACACGCAGCCAUGGGCAUCAAGCUGCGCCUCGUAGAGAAAGAAAUUUUGGAGAAAGCCGUAAAAAGCGCCUCAGAUAACCGCAAGCUAUACACCAAGCACCUGGAGGACGGAGACUCGCUACCCAAAUACGAGGAGAGCAACAUCACCUUCCUGGAGAACGCCACGUCCGACACCAAACUUCCCCUGGUCCUGAGAAACCUCGAUGAUGAAGAGGCAGAAGCCAGCGAGCUGAAAAGGCAGGAGACCCUCACCAUCACCGAGAUCACUGAAAACGGCUUCCUGAAUGGAAAGGACUCUCUGUACAACGGGACCAAGACUGAGAGCGACAGCGCCCUGGCAGAGGACGACGCCACCAGCCAUGCCAAAUAACGUCACUGCGCAAGGCGGUCAGGAGGCAAAAGUGCAAUUGUGAACUGGUCUGGACUUGUAAAGGAGAAGAGCGGAGGUUCCUGACACCGUGCGCCUGCGUCGCUGUCUUCCCCUUGUGUCCGCAGGAGGAGGCGUUGCUGCUUCAGUUUUUUCUUUUUUUUUUUUUUAUGUUGACUUAAACUUUUUAGAGGAAGAGUAGGCAACGAUCGCUGAACAGCAAGAUGGCGGAAAUGAGUUCUCGUGCCCGGGGCCGGUAGUUGCCAAAUCUUGAAGGUUUGUCUUCAGAGCAGACAUUGAUGCUCCGAUCAUUAAUAAUAAUAUAUGGUUAUUUGGUUAUUUCAUUAUAAAUUUUUUUAAUUCCACGUUUACCAAUGUUGGCACUAACUGCCCCUUGUUAGAGAGGGUUUACCCCCAAAAUCCCAAAAAUAAGGAAAGUCCUAAAAUUGCCCUUUUCAAGCUGAUAAAGUCCUCUUCGGUGCGUCUUAUUUAUAUCUGGGUGACGACCAAUAUGGCUGCCGGGUAGUAACCCAGCAUUUCCAGGGCCCUGAAUGGCUGCCAAUGAUAAAUGCCCUAAAAACCGCCUCGCAAGUAAGCGGAUUUACCAUUCAGGAUUCCAGUAAAGCUGGGUGAUGACUGGUGACGGAGGCCAUUUUGGUCUUCACUAGCCUUUCCCAGGAACCGAUAUGACUAAGAUUUACAGCAUUUUACCUUGAGGAGGUUGCACAGGAUUAGAUGACUGUUCUCUUCCAUAAACAGCGCCACCCAUAGACUGUCUCUGGUAUUGCAGCUCAGCUCCCCGAAUGAAAUAUGGCUGAGCUGCACUACUACACAGCCUCUGGCGCUUGUUUUUGGAAGAGAACGGGCAUUUUUUUUACAAUCCCUUUUUUUGUAAGAGGUUAGAAAAUCAUGGCUGCUUUCUUCCAGACACAUCGCCAACACCUGGGCAUGGCUGUGUCUGGUAUUACAGCUAAGCCCUAUUCCCUUGAAUGGGACUGGGCUGCAAUACUAGAUCCACCCCCUCUUACCGGACAAGAUGGGCGCUGUUUCUGGAAGAAGGCAGCCAUGUUUGUAGUCCGCCAGACUUCAGUUUCUCCGGUUUUGUACUUUGACUUUGAUAACUAUCAGACAAGGUAAAGUCCAUUAGAAGAGGUUAAUAUAUAUGUGUAAAUAGAAAUCUAUAUUUUGAGACCCUCAGUCACAUGACUAGUACCGCACGCUCAGUCACUGGUAGUUCGGAGGAUUACGGGUCCACACAAAAGCUUUAACCAGUUCAGUGUUGGAGGGGCUGAGAGGGAACGCCUCCGGAACUACAGGCAGGAAGCUGCUCCAACGUGGCGGCUUCUUGGCUCCUCUGGUUUUCACCAUAGCUAGGACUUUGGACGGCUAUGUCUAUUUUAUUAUUAUUUUUUCUUUCCUUCUGAAGUCAUCAAUAAAAAAAAGUGAAUGAU